AUGCCUCGUCCUACUUGGGGCUCCAUAACGGCAGUCAUCGUAGCAGUAUCAUCGUUUUAUUUCAGCCACGUCCUGAUAAACCUUUCAUUGUCCUAUCCGUUUUGCUCCACGCUGUGUCCGAAUUCUGUCCGGAACAGUAGCUCUGAACGCCUCGGAAGACCUUAUCAUUCGAGCUGGAAUUCGUGGUGGCAUCCGCAGCGGAGUCGGACUGAGAUUGAACAGGGAGCAGGAACCACAACGGAAGAUUGGAAUAUUUUAUACCACCUUGGUGGCAAUGGACCAUGGGUUGAGAAAGUCAUUGAUGUUGUUGAGGGAGGGAUCGCACCGCCUGAUGGAUGCGAAGUUAUUCAGGUCCACAUGAUGGCAAGACACGCUGAGCGAUAUCCAACCAGGAGAGCCGCAAAAGCCCAAAAAGCUGUCUACCAACGCAUGAAAGCCAGCAACAAAACCUUCACCGGCAACCUCGCCUUCUUCAACAACUGGACCCUCUACUGGACGUCCGACAAAACCGAAGUGGAACAACUAACAACCACCGGCCCCUUCGCUGGCACACUGAGUGCCUUCACCACGGGCGUCCGCCUACGCACCCGCUACCAGCACCUCCUCACCCACGCCACGACACCCACAACCUUCUGGGCCAGCAACUCCACCCGCGUCAUCCAAACAGCCAAACACUUCGCCUCCGGCUUCUUCGGCCUCGACUACACCACCACCCACACCGCAAACCUCACCGUAAUAUCCGAGCACUCCUCCCUCGGCGCCAACACCCUAACCCCCGGCCGCACCUGCCUGCUCAAUAAAAAAGACAAGCAGCACGGCCAACGCAACGGCUACCGUCUCGCCGCCCAAUACCGCGCCACCUACAUGCCGCCGAUCCGCGAGCGCCUCCUCACCCAAACAGACAUGUCUUUCUCCGACCCAGAAAUCUACGCCAUGCAGGAGAUGUGCGGGUUUGAAACGACGGUGCGCGGCCGCAGCGAUUGGUGUAAUGUUUUCACCAAAGAAGAGUUUCUAAACUUUGAGUAUGCGCGGGAUGUGUUGCAUUAUUAUCGCGCAGGGCCCGGGUUGAAGUAUGGGGUGGGCAUGGGGUGGUUGUGGGUUAAUGCUACGACGAAUUUGUUGGUCGAGGGGCCGGAGAGGGUUGGGGGGCUUUAUUUUAGUUUUGUACACGACGGCGACAUAGCACCCAUGCUCGCAGCCCUCGACAUCAUAAACGAGCCCUCACCUCUCCCUCUAACACACAUCCCUCACGACCGCAAAUGGCGUAAAUCGCAAGUUUCCCCCAUGGGCGGUCGUAUCAUUUUUGAGCUCUUGUCUUGUUCCACCACCACAAACCCCACUUCCACUUCCCCCUCCACCCCAAAAGAAAAAUUCAUCAGACUAAACAUCAACGACGGCAUAACAGCAAUCCCAGACUGCAACUCCGGCCCUGGUCAAAGCUGCCCCUUAGCGCAGUUUGCAGAAAGAACAAAGAGGAAAGGAGAGGAGCAAGGUGUGGAUUUUAGAAGCUUGUGUGGGUUACAUGAGGGGAGUGCGGAGAAGAUUACGUUUUUGAGACAGGGGGGCUCGAUGGUGGGUGGGGAGGAUUAA